AUGUCUCGUUUGGGUGGCACGUCGAGAACGACAAGCUAUGAUGAGGUCACGCAAUACAAGAUCGUCAAUUCUGUAGAGCCUGCGACGCGGGCAAGAUCUAAGUCCAGGGAACGAGCCGAUGGGUCUGAUGAGUACUACAAGAGUCAAGUCACACGCUCUCGUAGCAAGUCGACAGGAAGGCCACUCAGCCGCGCUAUUGCCAAUGUCGGGCUCGAUGUUAAGGGCAUCCCAAUUGUGCAAAUUGUGUAUUAUCAGUCUGGAGUGGGCAGUGGCAAGCUUACUGCGGUGAACAAAGCUACGCAAGGCGCUUUCGGCGACGGACUGAACGAGAAGGUGUGCGAGGCGUAUACCUUCUUAGUGAACAACUACGGUCCAGGUGACGAGAUAUUCAUCUUUGGGUUUUCGAGAGGCGCCUACACCGCUCGCUCACUUGCCAGCUUUGUCUGUCAGAUUGGCCUGCUCAGUCCCGGCAUGAUGGAUUACUUCAACGACAUCUUCACGGCCUAUAAGCUUCGCGAUAGGCGAGCUGGCGAGACCGGCUUCCGAGAUAUGGAAUGGUCGCGCCACUAUGUGCGCCCAGGUGAGCUUGGCUUCGAAACUCGGCAACGGGAGCGUGUUACUCGAUACGACUGGAUCCGUCGAUGGGCUCAUCUGCACGCAAAAGUCAAGGUCGUUGGCGUCUUCGAUACUGUGGGUAGUAUAGGUAUGAGUGGAUGGGUCCCGCAACCUGGUGAUGAUGUUGAUUGGCAUGCGACGAAGCUUCACCCGAAGAUCGAAUGUGCUUUUCAUUCACUUGCUCUAGACGAGCAUCGUGGUAGUUUCCCACCUACAAUAUUCUUCUUGGACCAGGCUUGCAAAGACGCCGGUGUGAAGCUGCGGCAAUGCUGGUUCCCAGGCUUUCAUAGCUGCAUCGGUGGCGAGAGCGACCCAAAGUACGAUGUCAAUAGCGUGGACGAGGUUACCUUUGCCUGGAUGAUCGAUCAGUUGACACGAUACAACCUUCUUCAGAUCAAUGAGCGUGCCCUUCAUUAUCCCAUCUUGGACCGUUUGAGCAUGGAUCUCGAGCCCAAUGGCCAUCACCCAACCCCACCCCGCAACGCGCAAGAAGUGCACGGGCGCCGUAUAGACUGGUCGGACGGUCAAUUGAUUGAGACGGAUACAUUAUUCUGGCAGGUAGCGUCACAAGUUGCCACCCAGCGCUGGGACUACACACGCAAGCCCGGCCAGUACGAGGCUUACGACGAUGGUACAAGGCAGCAAGUAGACUACUCGGCCUUCCGCGAGGAAAUCCACCCGAGCGUCUGGCACCGCACACAGACUCGGAACUAUGAGCCACGUUGCCUUCCGCUUGAUCGCUGGAAGCGUCAUCGUGUCGGUGACGGUGCGGGAUACGAGUGGGUCAAAGCUAGCCGUAGUGGACUGAUACAAGUCCGGAUCCCGGAGUACAAGAUCCCGCAUAUCCCGACCUACGAUAGUGGCAUGGCGCACUGGACUGGAUGUCUUGAGCAGCGUAUCGUUCCUGGGGAAGUUUUGCGUAAGUUGGAUUACGCGAACGGGAUCGUGCGUUCUAGUCCACGCCCAGAGUCAACGCGUAUCGACAGUGGCUACUCCCGUGACGGACACGACGGCAGAUACCUUUCGCCUAUGUCUCCAAGGUCCGAGCCUAGUUAUGGCACAAAGUCGGCAGACGAUGCGUAUUCAGAGCGGGAUACGGUCACGGUACGCACAAGGUCUCCUCGGCCACCAUCGUCCGCGGCGGAUUACUCUAACACCCGUAUCGAGUUUGGAGAGCGCUCGUGA